AUGCUGGUGAAGCACGGCGCAGAGUAUCGGCAGAUCCUCAAGGACAGUCAAACUGAGAGAGCCUUCUGGGUCACCAACAUCAGCAAUAUCACAUCGCAAAGGGGUUUCACUAGCAGUUUGUUUCAGCUGUUUGGGAAGUACUUCAGCCCAUCCGAGAGCAUGGACUUCCUCCUCGUUGCUAUCGGCGGCGUGAGAGACUCCAGCGUCCAUGGCGCAGUGAUGACCAGGAACAUGCUGCAUAAGAUCCUGGAGGUUCCCGGCCUAGGCUUGGUGAGGGUGUCAGAGGCUGUGAGGAGCAUUCAUAAGCACCUGGACUCCAUCAGCGAGCCACUUGCCCGGCAGGAGCUGCUCAGGGCCCUUCUCCUGCUGGGUUCCCAGUUCAGCGAGGAGGUGGUCGGAACCCUGCUGGGCUGCUCACUGUCAUGUGACAGUGUUGCUGCGGAGAUGUGGAAGAUGCUGACAUCCCAGCCCAAGAGCACAGAAAAGAUCCUUAGGGAGCUGGUCAGCAGGCUGCAGGGGCAGGCUCCACGACGGCAUCAGCUCUCUCAGAGACCGGCCGGCGUCGCCUCCUUGGCCGCCACAAGAGCCCUAUAUGUGAUCCUGCAGGAGCAGGCCUGCAGGCAGGAAGUGAAGGAGCUCUUCCCUCAGCUCUCGUCGCGCUGCUCUUCCACGUCACCCACACAGUGCAGCACACUGCUUCGCAGGAGAGGAGCAUAA